AUGCUUGGUCUUGGCAGCUUGCCUAUUGCCAUUCCUUUGAGAGGUAACAUUAGCCCUUCCCUAGUUGAAUUGCAGCAUUUGAAUUAUUUGAACCUUAGUAACAAUAAUUUCGGAGGCAGUCGCAUACCUGAGUUCAUUGGUUCUCUUAGCAAUUUACGUCACCUCAAUCUAUCUUAUGCUGGAUUUGGUGGAACAGUCCCCUCUCAACUUGGGAACCUUUCCAAGUUGCAGUCUCUUGAUCUUAGUCCUUAUGGUGGUAUGAAUGUCCAAAACCUUGAGUGGCUUCCUCAUCUUUCAUCUUUAAGACACCUUAACCUGAAAAAUGUGGACCUUAGCAAUGGUAAGGAGUGGUUUCAAUCAGUUAAUAAUCUCCCUUUGUUGACUAGCUUGCGCUUAGGUUUCUGUCGGCUUCCUAAGAUUGUUGUGCCUUCAUACCUCAACUUUUCUACCACUCUUGCUAUCCCUGAUCUCUCUGGAAAUGGUCUCACUUCUUCUAGUUUUGAUUGGGUGUUCAACUUUAGCAGUGCCCUCAUUGAGGUUGAUCUCUCUAAUAACCGCUUACAAGGUGUGAUUCCCUAUGCUUUUGGGAACAUGAUUUCCCUUGCACACCUUGAUCUCUCUUCCAAUCAGCUUGAAGGUGGGAUUCUGAAAUCUUUUAGUAAUUUAAGCAGAUUGCAAUCGUUGGAUCUGUAUUUCAACAAACUAAAUGAUAGCCUUUCUACUAUUAUUCAAGUCUUGUUUGGGAGCACGGAAAACUCAUCAUUAGAGUUUUUACAAUUAAGUAGGAAUCAACUUAGAGGCUCGUUGCCUAACAACAUAAGUUUUCCAAGACUGACAGAUUUAUAUCUUGAUCACAAUCUAUUGAAUGGGUCUUUUCCAGAAACUUUCGGACAACCAUUAUUUCAACUCAGGGUGGAUUCCACCUUUUCAUCUAGAUACCAUAAGGCUGAGAUCUUGCAAAUCAAUGGCAUCAUGCCUGAUUUGUCAUUGAAGUUUACAGCAUUUCCUGCAAUAGACUUGAGUUCUAAUCACUUUGCGGGUCCAAUACCGUUCCUCCCCCGUACUGCAACAUCACUGAAUCUCUCAAAAAACAAGUUUUCAGGUGCAUUGUUGGCAUGGAAAGGUAGGGAAUAUGAGGACAAAAAUACUCUGGGACUUGUGAAGAGCAUUGAUCUCUCAAGCAAUAAGUUAACCGGAGAAAUUGCCAGUAACAUUACGCAUCUUGUUGGUCUGGUUGCCAUGAACUUCUCAAGAAACAGGCUAACUGGACCAAUGCCUGCAGAAAUUGGUGACUUGAAAUUGUUAGAAUCUCUUGAUUUGUCCAGAAACCAGCUUUCUGGGGGAAUUCCUAUAAGCCUUUCAAAUUUAAAUUUUCUUAGUCACUUGGACUUUUCAGACAACAACUUGUCAGGAAAAAUCCCAUCAAGCACUCAACUGCACAUCUUGGAUAAUUCAACAUUUGUUGGAAAUCCUGAACUAUGUGGGGCACCACUUACAAAAGUGUGCCCAGGAGAUGAAGCACCUCAGAAUCCAAAAGGACCAGAUGGCACUUAUGGCCUAGAUAAUCAAUACCAGUCCAAGAUCGCACGGAACAAAGCCUUGAUAAUGAGAAGGCUUAUAAACCUGAAGCUGAAGAAUGGUGUGUCUGUUGCUGAACACACCAGUGAAUUCCACAGCCUUGUGAACCAGCUUGCAUCAAUCAAAAUGGAGUUGGAGGAUGAGAUGCAAGCAUUAUUAUUACUCAGUUCCUUACCAGACAGCUGGGAGACGUUGGUGGUUUCUCUCAGUAAUUCUGCACCCGAAGGGAAGCUGACCAUGGGGAUGGUCACAGACGCCUUAUUCAACGAGGAGGCAAGGAAGAAAGAGAUGGAAGGAGAGCAGUCCCAUGCCCUUGUCACAGAAAGUAGAGGCAGAGAUAGAGAAAGGGGCAGAGGUAGAGGAAGAAGUAAAAGCAGAGGGCGUUCACAGUCCAGACAGGACAACACGAGGAGGUGUUUUUACUGUGAUCAAGAGGAUCACGUAAUAAGAGAUUGCCCAGAGAAAGUUGCUGCCCGUCCUAGUUCGGAAGUCCCACAAGAAGUGGAGAGACAAACAAAGAAUUGA